AUGCUCUACAUCCGAGCUUUGAGCGCCGACCCAUGCACGCUCGUCGUUCGAUUCUCCGGCUGCCACGUCACCAAGGACCCCGAGUUUGCACGAAAAGCUCGGCGCAUUAUUAGUCCGUUUCAAGAGAAGAUCAAGUGCGAGCAGCUCCACGGGUGCGACUUGCUCGCCAUGUCGUCGAGCAUCCCCAAGUACUACUAG